AUGAAUAAUUCCGCCGCAAAAGUUGGCGAAAUAUUCCGCGAGGCGGGAACAGCAUUCAACAAACUGUCAGAGAUGACCAUGCUUCUGCAUCCGAUGGGGGACUCACAGCCAGGUGGAAAAUGGACAGAAGAAGAAAUAGAGAUGCUACGAGCCUGUGUUCAUCGUUUUGCUGUAGAUCUCAAUAAACUCAGUCAGCACAUAAAAAAUCGGACUGUGUCACAGAUCCGCACCACCUUGAAGAAGAAGGCGUUCGAAGGCGCCGGCAUCCCGCUGCGGCAGGUAAGCGGCGCGGCCAGCCUGCCGCCCGCGCCCCCACAGGUGACGCUGAACAUGCUGAACGCUUCCGAAAACGAGGUGGACGUGGAAGGCUUAGGCGGUGACGUGAAACUGGAGUUCGAAGCUGGUGGUGAGGAGGUGGCCACCUGA